GCCAUCGCCGGGACCUCACCCGGGCAUGGCCGGGGGGCUUCGAGUCCCUCCCUGGGUGUCCCCUGUUCCUCGUGUCCCCGGGUCCUCCUGUGUCCCGCCGUGCUGUUCGGGCUGUCCCCGUGUGCCCUGUGUCCCCACAUGUCUUUGUCCCCCAUUGUCCCCGGGAGUCUGUUCCUCCCGCGCUCCCCAUGUCCCCGCUGUGUCCCCCGACCACCCCCGCAUGUCCAUGUUCCCCACCUCGCCCGUGUGCCCGUGACCCCCAAGUCUCCCUGUCCCUGCCCAGGGUGUCCGUGUCCCCUGUGCCCCCCGGGUCGCACGGCACGGUUCGGUCCCCUCCCCGUGCGGUGUCGCCGCUGUCCGGGAGGGGCUGUCGGCGCGUUCCCCCUUCGCAGCCGUGCCCGGUGUCCGGCCCGGCCCCACGCGUGCCCCGCGGGUGGGCGCAGUGACCGCAGCAACAUGGAGGCUCUGGGAGACGCUGAAACCCCCACCUCGGACACCCCCAUUUCGACAACCCUCACCUCGGACACCCCCGCCUCGGACACCCCCACUGCGAGCACCCCGACCCCCGGCACCCCCACCCAGGACACCCCGACCCCCGGCACCCCCACCCAGGACACCCCCACUGCGAGCACCCCGACCCCCGGCACCCCCACGUCGGACACCCCGACCGCCGGCACCCCCACCCGGGACACCCCCUCUGACCCCGCCGCGGGGCCCGGGGAGGGCAGCGGGGAGGCGACGAUUCCCGGGGCUGGGGAGGAGGCUCAGGAAGCGGGGGGCGAUGGGGGGGACACGGGGGGCGAUGCGGGGGACACGGGGGGUGAAGGGAAGGAUACGGGGGGCUCAGGGGAGGGCACGGGAGACUCAGGGGAGGGUACGGGGGGAGAGGCUGCCGGGGAUGGCGGGGCAGAAGCGCCCCGGGGUGCCGGGGGCGAUGCUGGGGAUGGUGGUGCCGAUGCCGGGGCAGGGACAGCCGGGGGCACCGGAGGGGGCACCGAGGGCGGUACCGAGGAGGGCACCGAGGGAAAAGCGGCGCCGGCGGCAGCGGGCAGCUCCCAGCGCCGACAGGAACCCUCUUGGCUUCAGGACGAGGACGACGAGCUGUGGCCUGAGUUCCCUCCCUGCUCGUCCCCAGAGGGGACAACCAGCCCCACGUCCCCCAUGUCCCCUACGUCCCCUAUGUCCCCUACGUCCCCCAUGUCCCCUACAUGUCCCACGUCCCCUACGUCCCCUAUGUCCCCAGCAUCCCCAGUGUCCCCCACAGCUGGCACCGCCGAGGACACGGGGGGCAGCUCGAGGGCUGCUCCAGCGGGGGGGACACGGGACAAGGCAGCCCCCGGCUCGGCGGGACAGAGGCUGAGGCUGGAGGGGGCCGGGGGACGGCCACGAGUGGGGACCCGGGCACAGGGGCGCAGCGCCAUCCUGGAGAAGUUCGGAGGGGCUGCCAAGGGCCCAGCCCCGCACCUGCGGCGCUCGGGGGGGGGCCGCCACGGUCAAGACGAUGCUGCUGGAGUGGUGCCGCUGCCCGCACACCGCGGGUACCCGAACGUGGACGUGCAGAACUUCUCGGGGAGCUGGGGCAGCGGCCUGGCUUUCUGCGCCCUCCUGCACAGCUUCUUCCCCGACGCCUUCGACUUCGCCGCGCUGGAGCCCAGCGCCCGCCGGGACAACUUCGCCCUGGCCUUCGCCACCGCCGAGGAGCGGGCGGGCUGUGCCCCGCUGCUGGAGGUGGAGGACAUGGUGCGGCUGCCGGUGCCCGACGCCAAGUGCGUGUACACGUACGUGCAGGAGCUCUACCGCUGCCUGGUGGCCAAGGGGCUCGUCAAGACCAAGAAGCGCUGAGAGGGAGGGUCCCCCACAGCCCCCCAGAUGUGCCACCCCCUCCUCGUCCCCUGCUCUGUCCCCCAGCAGUAAAGGCCGUGCUUCCA